CUUAUUUUUCCCGUGGUUUGCUGGACCCAAUUCCAAAAGCUGCCAACGUUUCCAUAUGAAUUUCUUACACAAAGAUUCAAUCUUCAUCAAAUAAACCUCACUGAAAGUCGAGAUGAAACCUCCAUAGAUCUUGUUUCCCACCUUUAUUUACUCUCCCUCUCUCUUAAACUCUUAUAGAGAAAGAAAGAGCGAGUGGAGUUGUGUUCCAACGCCACCCCGACCAGGCGACUACUGUUACUCAUGGAUGGGCACCGGCGGCGCCACAUCCCCAAACAUAGCCGUUUCCGUCACCUAAUUCCGGCAAUCUCUGCUAUAUCCGCCGCCAUUCUCCUCCUCUAUUGUUUCCUCUCUUUUCUAGCCCCUUCCCCUGAUCAUUUUCACCACUUUGGACACCAUACCUCUUUCGAUGAUCAUACCAUUGACGAUGACACACCUAAAGUUUCUCCGAUCUUCGAAGUUCCGACCAGUAGCAAGAUGAUUAGUGACCGAAAUCUUUGGAGCACAAGUAUGUCAAAAUUCUAUUUUGGAUGCAGUGAUGCCACCAGUCAGUUCCCAAAAGCUCAAUCAGUAACACGCCCUAAUCGAUACUUGCUGAUUGACACCAGUGGAGGUUUAAACCAACAAAGAACUGGGAUUACAGAUGCUGUUGUUGCUGCACGCAUUCUAAUGCUACUCUUGUUGUUCCUAAGCUCGAUAAGAAAUCAUUUUGGAAAGAUUCAAGUACUUUCUCUGAGAUAUUUGAUGUUGAUUGGCAAAAAAUGGUCUCCAUACAGUACACGUGUACCUAGAAAAUGUGAUGAGAGAUGCUAUCAUAUUCAUGUACUUCCUUUGUUUUCAAAAAAACGUGCUGUUGAACUGAGUAAGUUUGAUUACAGACUUGCUAACGAGUUAGAAACCGAUUUUCAAAAGCUUAGAUGCAGGGUGAACUACCAUGCUUUAAAAUUCACAGCUCCCAUAGUCAAAAUGGGUCAAACAUUGGUCAACCGAAUGAGGAAUAUGGGAAAACACUUUGUUGCCCUUCACUUGAGAUUUGAACCCGAUAUGCUUGCUUUCUCGGGUUGCUAUUAUGGUGGAGGAGAGAAGGAAAUAAAAGAACUUGGUAAAAUCCGCAAGAGAUGGAAAACUUUAAACAUUAGUGAUCCGGAAAAAGAAAGGAGACAAGGGAGAUGCCCAUUGACGCCGGAAGAAGUAGGGUUGAUGUUAAGAGCACUCGGAUACGAUAAAAAUGUUCAUAUCUACGUGGCGUCAGCCACGAAACAAGAACUUCUACCAUUUUCACCAUUCUCUUCUCGUAUGGCUGCAUUGGAUUUUAUUGUGUGUGAUGAAAGCGAUGUUUUUGUCACAAACAAUAACGGUAACAUGGCCAAAAUAUUGUCUGGACGAAGGAGAUAUUUUGGACAUAAAGUGACAAUACGUCCAAACGCGAAGAAAUUGGCUCGGUUGUUUUUGGAGAGGGAAAAGCUGACGUGGCAAGAGUUUUUCAUCAAGAGUGCAGAUGCUAAAGUGAAACUUGUUGGUAAUAAUAAGUAUAUUGAUGAUGAUGAUGAUCAAGAAGAGGAGGAAGAAGAAGAAGAUGGUAUUGUAUCUAAUCUUCGGUAUCUGUUUUAA